UCGGGAUCGCGCACGUGGUGCCGCCCCCCCCAUGCCGGGCCCGUGGCUCUGUGCCGGGAGCUCAGUCCGGGAUGAAUCGGGCGGACAGAGACUGGGAGCCGGACGGAUUCUGCGAGCUGGGGGAGGACGGGCCCCCGGGGGCCAUGGGGCUGGAGCUGCGGCUGGGCGGCUUCCCCCCGGAGCUGGUGGGGUCCCCGGAGGACGGGGGGUUCGGGGCCCCCGGGGUGCCGGAGAGGAGGCGGCCCCGCUAUGAGGUGGUGGCCGAGCUGGGCCCCGAGGAGAUCCGCUGGUUCUAUAAGGAGGACAGGCGGAGCUGGAAGCCAUUUAUCGGGUCUGACUCGCUCCGCAUCGAGCUGGCCUUCCGCAGGCUCUGCCAGUGCUCCCCGGGGGCGGGGCCGGCGCUCAGCCAGGAGGAGGAACCUGUGCGCUGCCUGCUCCAGGAGCCGGUCUGCACCCAGGGGCAGGAGCCUAUCCCCUGCCUGGGGGAGGACCUGGGGCCCCAGGACCCAGAGGAGGACAGUUUGGAUGUGGUGGCCAUUGGGGACAUUGCCAAAAUCGAGCCAGUUUGUGUCCGCAGCGGAUUGUACGAGGUGGACGUCACCGAAGGCGAAUGUUAUCCUGUCUACUGGAAUCAGACGGAUAAAAUCCCAGUCAUGCGUGGCCAGUGGUUUAUCGACGGCACCUGGCAGCCAUUGGACGAGGAGGAAAGCAAUCUCAUUGAACAGGAACAUUUGAAUUGUUUUAGGGGUCAGCAGAUGCACAACAAUUUUGACUUGGAAAUAGCGAAUCCUGUUGACCACAAAGACGUUACCUACCACCUUGCCCCCUUCUCCCUCCCUUUCUUGUUCAAUUGGAGUGGAAUUAAGGAUAGCACGGAGGGUCCAAGUGCUAAAAGAGCGCGUUACGAAGCGGUUCAUAGUUUAAAGUUAAGUCGUUCCCAUGUGGAUUGGCACAGUGUGGACGAAGUGUAUCUGUAUAGCGAUGCAACAACGUCGAAAAUUGCACGGUCUGUUACACAGAAGCUGGGCUUCUCAAAAGCUUCGAGUAGUGGAACAAGACUUCAUCGAGGCUACGUCGAAGAAGCUACUUAUGAAGAUAAACCAGUAGAAACCACUCAUAUUGUUUUUGUGGUUCAUGGGAUUGGACAGAAAAUGGACCAAGGAAGAAUUAUCAAAAACACUGCCAUGAUGAGAGAGACAGCAAGAAAAAUGGAAGAAAAACACUUUUGCAACCUGACAACAGAACACGUAGAAUUCCUUCCUGUGGAGUGGAGGUCGAAGCUCGCGCUUGAUGGAGACACUGUUGAUUCCAUUACCCCAGAUAAGGUGCGAGGUAUUCGGGACAUACUGAACAGCAGUGCUAUGGACAUCAUGUACUACACCAGCCCUCUAUACAGAGAUGAGUUAGUAAAAGGCCUCCAGCAAGAAUUGAAUCGAUUGUACAGCCUUUUUUGCUCUCGGAAUCCAGAGUUUGAAGAAAAGGGAGGCAAGGUGUCCAUCGUGUCCCAUUCUCUUGGGUGCGUGAUUACCUAUGACAUAAUGACUGGAUGGAACCCUGUUCGACUCUACGAACAACUGGAACAGCAUGAAGAUGAAUAUACUGAAGACCACUGGCCGAGUUACGAAGAGCAACAUGUUCUUCGCGAGCUUCUGUUGACCAAACAGAGAUUAAAAGAACUGGAAGACAGACUACAUGGUAUUAAAACUGCAUUAUCCAACUCCCCUGCCUUAAAAUUUAAGGUUGAAAAUUUCUUCUGUAUGGGAUCGCCCUUAGCGGUCUUCUUGGCAUUACGUGGUAUCCGGCCCGGAAACCGUGGCAGUCAAGAUCAUAUUUUGCCCAAGGCUAUUUGUAAUCGUUUGUUUAAUAUUUUCCACCCGGCGGACCCAGUGGCCUAUAGACUUGAGCCCUUAAUCCUGAAGCACUACAGCAAUAUCUCACCCGUACAGAUUCAUUCAUCGAACACCACCAACCCCACGUCAUACAAGCAUAUGAAACUUUGCCUCAUCAACCCUUCCAAAGAAACUACCUCAAUUUCUGAUACCGAAAGCAUCCCGAGCCCAAGCACCUCACCAGUUCUGCCUCGACGACACUAUGGAGAGUCUAUCACCAACAUAGGCAAAGCCAGCAUAUUGGGUGCUGCAAGCAUUGGAAAAGGCAUUGGGGGAAUGUUGUUCUCACGAUUUGCACGUUCUAGUGCAACGGCCGCACAAGGCUACGAAAUCAAAGAGUCGGCAGAAGGCGAAGAUAAGAAAUCCGCCCCCAUUCAGGGUACCCCGGGAUCCCAAACUAUUCCGCACAGCAUCUCCGGCUGCCUGGAUUCCACAUUGGACCUGGAGGACAGGAUUGACUUUGAAUUGAGAGAAGGCCUCGUGGAGAGUAGAUACUGGUCAGCAAUGACGUCGCACACUGCCUACUGGUCCUCCAUGGACGUAGCCCUCUUUCUUCUGACUUUUUUGUACAGAGAAAGCCAGGAAGAAGAUGAAGAAAGCCCAGACACGGAGGCCCCUCAUUGAUGUGUGACCCUGUGGGUGAAGGCUUGGUGUCUGCUCCUGUCUGUGACACGCUGACAUUUCAGGGUUUCGGUUUAAGUGCAUGUUUGGAUGUUUUUGUCCAUAAAGGGCGGCACUUUUUUUUUGUUUUUGUUUUUUUUAACGUUACAUAAAAUUUUAGUUUUAUUUACAGGUUUAAUUUUAUUUCUCAGUAAAAUUUCCUUCAGUUCCAUAGACAUUACAAGGGAACUACUUGUGGGCAAAGUGAGUGCGCCUGGAUGUAUGUCUGUGCGUGUUUCCCAAUCCCAUAAUGUCUGCUUAGGUUACGGUCACCCAAUUCUGCAGUAACAUGGACUGUUACUUUCCAAUGCUCAUUCAGAAAAAACUGGAGACAUACAAAUGUGAAAGAAUAACCUUCUAUCAGACCGUGACAUUUUACAUAUAUAAUAUAGAAUAUCUAUCAUAUAGUAUAGAACAAUACAAUGCCACUGUAAUUGGAUAUAGAAGGAAUAUUGCACACUGGGGGUUUAAUAUAGACACACCAGGAAACGCUGUUAGUGAGGUCAUAUAGUAGGACUCCAGCAGGUAACGGAAUUCUUCAUUUCGAUGGAUUGCUUGUUUCAGUCUUGGCGUUUGGCGGAGUCUUUAAUGACGAGUAGGAAGUCGCGUUUCUUUUGCGAUUUUUGUGCAUGAUUGGAGAAAUCAUGUAAAUGCACAAAAAUUCGAUAUCUAAUGGCAUCGUCAGCAGUUUAUUAGAUUAAGAGAAUUCUGAAACGAUGCAGUGGUAGAUUAUUUGGUGGUGAAGCUGGUGACUCGGGGUGUAAAUGCUUUCAUUCGGAGAUUAAGCACAGUAAAAACACUUUAAGGCAGGUGCGCUCCUUUCAUAAACUAGCAAACAGUUUUCCGAUGUUACUGAUAGAAUUGAUCAAUUAAUCACACUGCCAGAUUGUUGCUAAAUGUAUAGGCAAAACGUUAACAGGAUGUAUGCAUCUCACAGGCGAAGAAGCCCGAGUUCUGCACAUAUACAGUUUGCUCUAUACAUUGAGCUCGGUCUAUAGAUCUUUCCCCAACCAUUCCUCUCCUACUUCCACAUGGGUAUAUUUCACUAUUUACAGACCUAACACCACGGGGAAACGAAAGUAAAAACACUGCAUCCUAAGCAGCAUUAACGAAUGCCUGGAUCCAUUUCUGUGUCUGAUUAAUAUAUGAAAUAUUUAUAGCUUAAUGUUACCUCUCAUAGAUCCAUUCAAUUUUCAUUGGAAGAAGAUGACUUACUUUGUACAUAUUUCUGUUGGCCUAAAAACCACUUUAAUUUUCU